UCAAGGUUUGAAUGGCCAACUGAGCAUGUUGUCUUGUUACCAUGGCUUUGGCCAUGUUUAGAAUGAUUAUAUCAGGUACAAAAUUAUGAAAGAAAGGAAUUGACAGGAAAAGGAUACAGUAUUAUGUAAUAGAGGAUGCCGCCACAGAAAUAGAUUUGGUGUCUCAUUGUACUGUAGUACAGAAUCGUACAGAGAAGGUUCAAAAUAUGCAAGGAAGUUUUGCAUAUUCUGAUAGCAAUUCAAAACCUUGCAUAAACUAAAUGGUGUAGAGUCGAGAGUUACGAGACGGAAGAGAAGCUACUGCUGUGGAUACAUUCUCUUCUCUGCAGAUGUGAUGGAAACACGGCAUAUCCUGGUCUGCCGUAUUUGUCUGAUCCUGGCCCUCUUGCUCCACCCACACCAGUGCCUGUCAGUGUAUUUCCAGAACCAGGGUCUCCUUUAUGUGGCUCUGGGGAGAGAUCUGGUCCUGCUGACCCAGUUCCAGAUUACACCAACAGAGAAGAUCAUCAUAGUGACUUGGGACCGCGAGACUGAGAAGGGUCAGGGACAGGUCAGGCUGGCCAAUCACCAAGAUGCACCUGGCAAUCCUCUAGACCAGAAGGGGGCCUUAUUUAGGGUGGCGAAUAUAAGUUCAUCUAACUAUGGAGUCUACACCAUCACUGUGACAGACCAGAUGGGGAACGAGGAAUCAGCAAAGAUACUUGUUAGAGAGAGUGUUGCUGCUCCUGUGGCGUCUUUGUCGCUCCAGUGUGAGGUGGCCAAUGACAGGGCACAGUGGGACAGCCCAGUGUUUUCCUGGUUGGUGGAUGGGGUUGAGGCGUCCAAUCAGACAGCCAAUCUCUCUACAGAUGGCAGGAGACUCUACGUGUCUGGAAUGAAGGGCCACAACUACACCUGUGUUGUCAACAGCAGUCUGGGGACUAUUGUUACAUACUACAUCACUGGUAUACAUGUAUUAUGAUUUUAUAUUAUAAUUAUUUUGAUUGAGGUUUUUUGUCUUUCAUGCUUCUUUGCUGUGGCCUAGAUUCUUCUACACCAUCCCAAAGUAACCAGACCUUUGAGACUCUGUGUGGUGUACUACUGGCCAUCAUCAUAGUGCUUCUAAUCAUAUGUGGACAUCUCUGUUGGUAUGAUAACAGAACAUCUCCCCGGAUUGUCUUUUACAGUAAUAGAUUAAUAAACUCCCGGUAUUCUGUUUGGUGCGCGCACACUUUUGACAUUGCUGUGUGUUAUUAACAGGAGAUACAAGCAGCAGAGGACGAAUGGGAUUAUAUGACCUGAGGAUGUCCAUCGCUUUCAAUUAUCAUUCUUAUUUAUGACACUUUGUUACUCUGUUACACACUGCACUAUCACACAAUUCCUUGGCACAUGCAGAGAUAGUAUGAUAUGAGGAGUUUAAUGUAAUAUUCUAUUGAAACAAGUCACACUACCAGACAUCAAAAUCAUUCCUAUCAAGAGCUUUGGAACUAUGCACCAUGAAUAAAAUAUAUUGAUAUGCC